CAACCUCAAUUGCAGCUACACCCACCAUCAUCACGACCCGCCAUCAACGACUUCGACGCAACACACCAAGCCUAAUUCAAGGCCUACCCCGCGAUUUCAUCACGAAGUAAACCUGAACGGUAGAAAUCCUUCGAUCAUCACCCGAAUCACCCAAGCACCUAGCGGCCCCUCGCUACAGGAGCCAAAAUGAGCUCCCCGUUCUCCAUCAAUGGCGGCGCCUGCGUCGCAAUGGUCGGCAAGGACUGCGUCGCAAUAGCCUGCGAUCUUCGCCUCGGUCUCCAGGCCCUGACCGUCUCCAACAAUUUCCCUAAGAUCUUCCAGUACGGCGACGUCUUCCUGGGUCUCACUGGUCUGGCCACUGAUGUCACGACCGUCGGUGACCUCUUCCGCUACAAGGUCAACAUGUACCGCCUUCGCGAGGAGCGGAACAUCGCUCCGACCACCUUCGCCAACCUCGUUAGCAGCUCCCUUUACGAGCGCCGCUUCGGCCCCUACUUCGUUUCUCCUGUCGUUGCUGGCCUCGACCCCAAGACGGGCAAGCCCUUCAUCUGCGGUUUCGACUCCAUCGGCUGCAUCGACUUCGCCAAGGACUUCAUCGUCUCCGGCACAGCCUCCGAACAGCUCUUUGGCAUGUGCGAGAGCUUAUGGGAGCCCGAUCUGGGUCCCGAUGAGCUCUUCGAAACCAUCUCUCAGUCACUCCUAAACGCUGUUGACCGAGACGCCCUAUCCGGUUGGGGUGCACAUGUGUACAUUAUUGAGAAGGAUAAGGUCACCAAGAGGCUGCUCAAGGGCAGGCAAGACUAAUUUUCACGACGGGGUUUAGUGUGUGGAGGGAGGAGAGCUCGGUAGAACCGCUGCAAAUAGGCGGUUUCUAGCUUGUACCAAUAGAUGGAGGUGAUCCACUAUGAGAUGGCCCUUGAAGCUUGCAUGAACGAGACAAGUGGCCUUGAUUUUACAUCCU